CUUGUAUAAGGCAGAGGUAGAGCGUGGUCAAACUUGUGAACUCUUUUGCACCCCAGCUGUUUGGAAUGGUCCUGCAGGCUGGAUUCUCUGGAUCAAAGUCAAAGAUGAUGGCUCUUGUCUUAUUCCUGUCAAUGAUUAUCUGCUGCGGAGGAGCGCAACGUUCUGAACCAAUGUUCACAGCUGUAACGGAAUCCAUCCUCCCACCAGACUAUGAAAAUAACCCAACGCAACUCAACUAUGGCGUGGCUGUCACAGACGUGGACAAUGACGGAAAGUUUGAAAUUAUUGUGGCUGGAUAUAAUGGACCAAAUCUAGUGUUGAAAUACAUCAAAGAAAAGGGCCGGCUAGUGAACAUAGCAGUGGAUGAGCGGACCUCCCCAUAUUAUAACCUACGAGAUCGCCAAGGAAAUGCCAUUGGGGUUACUGCCUGUGAUAUUGAUGGCGAUGGAAGGGAAGAAAUAUACUUUCUGAACACCAACAAUGCCUUCUCAGGUAUGGCUACUUACCCCGAUAAGCUGUUUAAGUUUCGAAAUGGACGCUGGGAGGACAUCCUCAGUGACGACGUGAACAAAAAGCGGAAUCUUGCUAGUUUCUUUGCUGGGCGCUCUGUGGCUUGCAUUGACAGGAAGGGUACAGGAAAAUACUCCAUCUAUGUUGCAAACUAUGCCAGCAGCAAUGUGGGUCCUCAUGCUUUGAUUGAACUGGAUGAAGCGGCUAGUGAUGUUCCAAGAGGAAUCGUUGCACUUUCAAAUGUGGCAGCAGAAGCCGGAGUGAACAAGUACACAGGCGGACGUGGAGUUACCGUUGGACCCAUCGUGAAUUCGGCUGCUUCUGAUAUAUUCUGCGACAACGAAAAUGGCCCUAACUUUCUGUUUCAGAAUAAAGGAGAUGGAACGUUUGUCGAUAUUGCUGCAAGCGCAGGAGUGGAUGAUACGUAUCAGCAUGGACGAGGAGUUGCCUUAGCAGACUUUAAUAGGGAUGGAAAAGUAGAUAUCGUGUAUGGAAACUGGAAUGGGCCGCAUCGUCUUUUUUUGCAAAUAAAUACAAAUGGAAAAGUUCGCUUCCGGGAUAUUGCUACUCAGAAGUUCUCAAUGCCAUCUCCAGUCCGCACUGUGAUCGCUGCCGACUUCGAUAAUGAUCAAGAGCUUGAAGUCUUUUUUAAUAACAUCGCCUCCAGGGUGUCUUCAGCAAACCGUAUGUUCAGAGUUGGACGUCGAGAACAUGCUGAUCCUUUUAUGGAAGAGCUCAACCCAGGAGAUGCCUCUGAAAGCGAUGGACGGGGAACUGGUGGAGCUGUGACGGAUUUUGACGGUGAUGGCAUGCUGGAUUUAAUCUUGUCUCAUGGAGAAUCAAUGGCUCAGCCAUUAUCAGUAUUCAAAGGAUUACAGGGCGUGAAAAACAAUUGGCUUCGAGUGAUACCGCGUACCAAAUACGGUGCCUUUGCACGUGGGGCAAAAGUCGUCCUGUACACAAAAAAGAGUGGCGCUCAUUUAAGAAUUAUAGAUAGCGGGUCUGGUUAUCUUUGUGAGAUGGAACCUGUGGCUCAUUUUGGACUAGGACAGGAUCUGGCUAGUAGCUUGGAGGUGACGUGGCCCAAUGGUCAGAUUUUUACCCGUGGCCUUACUGAAGGUGAAAUAAACACUGUACUGGAAAUUAUGUACCCCCCUGAUGAGGACAGCGUAACCAAGCCAACAAAUAUUGAGUGCGGCCAGGGCUUCUCCAUGAAUGAAAACGGACAUUGCAGAGACACAGAUGAGUGCAUACAGUUCCCGUUCGUGUGUCCCAGGGAAAAGCCAAUCUGUAUAAACACUUACGGAGGGUACAAAUGCCGUCCAAAUAGAAAAUGCAGCCGGGGCUUUGAACCCAAUGAGGAUGGAACAGCCUGUGUUGCCCAGGUAGCUUAUUUUGGAUCCUACCCGUCAUCUGCGUCCAGAUUUCCGGCUCAGUUCUUGCACUGUUCUGCGAUCCUGUUAGGCCUCGGAUUUUAUGUACAGCUAUACAGUCUCUGAAUUGUUCCAGCUCUAAAAAAAAAAAAGUCUGCGUGUUCCUCUCAACAUCUACACUAUGUCAAAGAACAGUCUGCUGCUGAAACCCAAUGCUGGUCGGGGAAUCUGGUGGUCACUGCUGCGAGCAUAAGAGAAUGGACUUUGAAGCUUAGAGUGAAUAGUGAUAUUUUCGUAAAAACAAGUUGUUUGUUAAUGUUAUGCAUGUUUUCUGAGAAAACUGAUGAGAACCUCCAUCUAAGAUCAUGCUGAAGACUCAGUCUCAGAUAUCCUCUUUGAAGUCAUAUUUUCUAUUUCACUCUGUUUUUUUUAAAUGUUGCCCAGAAAUCAUGGUUAACUCUUUUGCAGCAAGAGGCAAUGACUGUUCUUUCAGUGAAAAAGUUAAUCCUGGUUGGUUGCUUGUAAAUGGUUUUAAUACUAUAUAUAUAUAUAUAUAUGGCCUAAAUGGUCUGUGUUAUUAACCUGCUAACUUUCUCUAAAGGAAAAAGCCUUAUAAUUUAUAAUUUUUUUUUAAUGGAUUGAAAGCAAGGUGUUAAAGUUCGACUAUUUUGUCUUCCAAGUUCCAACCAUUGACAAUGUAAGAUAUAAAAAGUCCAGUGUAUUGAAGAGAAAAGGUGUAGAAUGCCCUUUAAAAGCACAAUAAUGAGCAAAGGAACAUAGUAAAGUUUAAAGACAUAAGGCACAACUGAUUUAUUCAUAAUUAGGAAUACUCUCAUACGCUCUAAUUCCGUUGGCUUGUUUUUUUAUUAGAUAGAAAGCACACAAAACAUAAGUUGGUCAUUAAUUUUAAAGAAUGGGUGUUAAACCAAAUCUUUGUUUUGACCGCACCAGAGAUGCAAUCAAGCUCUACUUGUGUUAGUCUUCUGAGGGUCACCUGG